GCAGGGAAGGGCGCCGGUGGCUCGGCGGCGGGCGGGUGUCCUCGGGGGGUCGCGGCGUCUCGGGCCGAGUGGCUGGAGGGUCGUGUCCAGGCUGCGGCCCAGGCGUAGCCCCUGCGCCGUCAGGCCCUCGUGGAGCGAAUGCGGAAUGCGGUUCUCCCCGAGUGCCGUGGCUGUCAGAAUUUGAAAACGGACCUCACCCCUGAUGGAGCGCGAAGCUUCUAGAGACUCAUUUCACACAGGCGGUCGGACUUGCGAGAUAAUGUGUAUCUCCCAGGAGCCAAGUGUGGAAACAGGUGUCCGUCGUCAGUGGGAGACCGUUAAGUACGCGCCUGUCGGGGAGCGCUGUGGCGUGGUCAGUUACAGGGGCUGACCUGUGAUUUCAGAUGCUGCUGUCGGGGUGUCCCCGGUGGUCAGCGCAAGACGCGGGGUUGCGGGACAGUGGGUCUGUGUAGACAGCUGUGUGUCAUACGUGUAGACACGUGUGUGUAUGUAAAACACACGUGCGUGGAUAUCCGUGGAUAAAAUGUCUCCGGAAAAAUAUACAAGAAACUGCUUGAUGGUAGUCGCUGCUCGCGAGGGGCCCCUGUUAGUACUGUUGUGCUUGGAAAUGGUACCAGGCAUGUGGGCACAUUCAAUGACUGUGCAGGAUUACCAAGAUCUCAUAGACCGAGGAUGGCGAAGAAGCGGGAAAUAUGUGUACAAACCUGUCAUGAAUCAAACAUGUUGUCCUCAGUAUACCAUAAGGUGCCGACCUUUACAGUUUCAGCCAUCAAAAUCUCACAAGAAGGUUUUGAAAAAAAUGUUGAAAUUUCUGGCUAAAGGGGAAAUUUCAAAAGGAAAUUGUGAGGAUGAGCCCAUGGAGCCCACCAUGGAGGAUGCUGUUUCCAGUGACUUUGGGUUAAUAAAUAAAUUGGAUAUACACUGUGACCUUAAAACCCUCAAUGAUGACCUCAAAAAGAGCUUAGAGAGUGAAGAGAAGAAGAAAGCAAAGAGGGAAGAGUCUAAUGAAAUAACCCAUUCACAAGAUAUGGAAGAGAAGCUGGGCUCUGGUGAACCGUCGUGUUCAGUUAAAGUGCAUACAGCUCCUCAGCCAGGCAGAGGCGCAGAUUUGAGUAAGCCUCCAUGUCGAAAAGCAAAGGAAAUCAGGAAAGAAAGGAAAAGGUUAAAACUCAUGCAGCAGAACCCAGCUGGAGAACGCGAGGGCUUCCAGGCUCAAUGUCAGCCCUCAUCUUUGCUCCCGCCAAAGACUAAAUCCAACCAACCCAAGUCGCUUGAAGAUUUAAUUUUUGAAUCUUUACCAGAGAAUGCAUCACACAAGUUAGAGGUGAGGGUGGUGAGAUCAUCUCCACCAAGUUCACAGUUCAAAGCCACAUUUCAGGAGUCUUACCAGGUCUAUAAACGUUACCAGAUGGUUGUUCACAGGGACCCGCCCGAUAAACCAACUGUGAGCCAGUUCACAAGAUUCCUUUGCAGCUCACCUUUGGAGACAGAGAAUUCCCCUAAUGGACCAGAUUGUGGUUAUGGCUCCUUUCACCAGCAGUACUGGCUUGAUGGGAAGAUCAUUGCUGUGGGGGUGAUUGACAUUCUUCCAUACUGUGUAUCAUCUGUAUAUUUGUACUACGAUCCCGAUUAUUCAUUUCUGUCUUUGGGUGUCUACUCUGCGCUCCGAGAAAUUGCUUUUACUAGGCAACUUCAUGAGAAAACACCUCAACUCAGCUAUUACUAUAUGGGUUUCUACAUUCAUUCAUGUCCCAAGAUGAAAUAUAAGGGUCAGUACAGACCAUCAGAUUUGCUGUGUCCUGAGACUUAUGUUUGGGUUCCCAUUGAGCAAUGCCUGCCUUUACUUGAGAAAUCCAAGUACUGCCGUUUCAACCAGGACCCGGAAGCAGCAGGUAAAGUCACUGAGAGUACAGCCCGGGAGCCAGACGUCCUGCUUUCUCACCUAACUCCAUCAUCAGCUGUGGACGAAGGUCGCAGCAAGGAACCUGACCGUCUGCAGGUGUUCUACAAGAAAGCCAUAAUGCCUUACGGUGUUUACAAGCAGCAGCAGAGAGACCCGAGCGAGGCGGCGGCCGUGCUGCAGUACGCGAGGCUGGUGGGGCAGGCGUGCUCCGAGCGGAUGCUGCUGUUCCGAAACUGAUCAGCCUGUUCGCCUCUCCCGCCCCUACCCGAGCUCCUGGGUGCUCCCGUGCUGCCCUGCUGACGUGUGCCACGGUGCGAGUUCAUCACUCGGGGGAAACUCUCUAACCCUCCACAGAUUAGACUUUCUAAUUUUGAUGGCUGCAUAGCUUUUCUAAAAUAUUUUGUGGCAUAUGUAUUUGUGAAAACCUCAUGGUUAAUGAUAAAGAUUUUAAAACUAUGUUAUGACAUCGACUCAUAAUUGGGGUUUAUCGUUUCUGAAGUCUGCUUCAUGAACAAGAGAUGAUUAACUUCUCUCAUUAAUAUUUUGGGAGGUAAAAAUGUAUAAGUGAACCUUAAGUAAUUUAAAUCACAGUUGUACUUUUUUUGUUGUUCUGUUAGAGAAAUUAAAACAGACUUUUUCUUCAGAUCCACUUAAAAUAUCAGUUUCUGCUGAAAAAACGUCAGGUGUGGGGAAGGUUGGAAUUCUGUUUGGUCUUAGAAAACGUCUUCUCAAGGGAUCAGAACUGGGAUGCUGUUCAGUGUUCAGUAUCACUUUACUGCUGAAUGUUACAUCAUGUAGUUUCACAGAAAACUUGAGAAAAGGAAACAGUACAAACUUACAAAAAAGGAUGUUAUGUUAACAUCGAAUGUCCGUUUACCCAGGACAGUCUUAUUCAUCUCUGCUGUCUUGGCGCGAUUAUUUUUCCUAGAAUAAUUAUUUCUCAUGUUCCUUUUUACUCUGCAAAAUAUCCCAGUUUGGACAAUAAAAUAUGUGAUUACUCUAGUUAUAUAUUGUCCAAACUGGGGUAGUGUGCUUUAUUUCUCAAAAUCUAACAAGAGGUUUUUUUUUGGUUUUUUUUUUAGAAAAUUGGUGCCUCCUGCCUUGAGCUAAGCCCCUUGAAGGAUACAUAUACACUAGUUUUUAUUUUCUUAGAACUCGGGACACUGGUCUUUGGUUAUUGGUUAAAAAUUAGUUUCUCUCUGACUACUUUUAUAGCUGUGCUACACAUCGCAUUUAGUUCGCAUUGUGAACUCAGUUCCAGGGCAGGAGGCAAAAGCAUCCACUUCCUGCUCUUUGAUUUGGCAGUCAGAGAGGAGAUGCCACACGUAGCAAUCUCAGCAAAGGUGGGCCCCGUGUCCCUCUGUCUCAUCUCUCUGGUCCUUCUCUCACUCAGCAGUCCCUUGUCCCUCACCUUGAAUGUGGAGGGACUGCGCCGGGAGGCAGGGGAGGGAGAAGGCACGUCCCCUCAUAGUUGAGCCGUGCUGGAGACAGUGACGGACGGACGGAGGAGCUUACUCUCCUGUGCGUCUUUGCAGCUGGCCACCAUCUGCUGCCACCUGCCUGGCCACUGAGUCCUUUUCAUUUCCUGUUUUGUCCAUUUUCCCAUAUUCUACUGAUCUUUAAAAAAAAAAAAACAUUUUAUUAAACUUAGUGGCUUGAUUUUAAACUUUUCUCCUAAAUGCAUUGAGUUGAGAUAUAAAAUAUUAGAAAAUAAUUCCAGCUAGCUAGACUAAAAAGAAGGAUCCCAAGAGAAUGAUUUUAAAAAUCAAAUGUCUAGGAGUUCAAGAUCCAAAUGUAUUUAUUCAUUCACAUAGAGAAUGUGUGUGUAUGGGUAACACCUACAGAGGGCAGGUGCUUAGCUAACAAGGGACAGAGUAGUGAUGACAUGGGUUUUGCAUACUCUGGAAUUUUGUGCUUCAAAAUAGUCUCCCAAGAGCAUUUGAUAGGCUCUUAUUUAGAAUUGCCUUCAGAAUCUAUAGAACAUUAAAAAAAAAAAAAUUUUCCCUCUGAAGUUAGCUUAAUUUUUUCAUUUAUGAAAAGGGUACUGUUAAGCAAAUAAACUUGAAGAAAAGCAUACAUAAGAAAGUAAGAGUGACCUGAAAUCUUAUUGAGUUGAAAGAAACUUCGAAAUAGGACUUUAGAAAUAUUUUAAGUAAUUUCAGUAUUAAAGUCCAUAGUAAAGUACUGGUACCCUAGGCAUUGGAAUGUCCAGUGUGAUGCCAUCAGGUGUGUUAAACUACUCUUAUCAUAGUGAUUAGCAUGUAGGAUGGAAUUCAUUAAGAUCACAACUCAAGUACCAAAUGAAGAGAAAGCUUGAAUCUUCCUUUUUACCACAACUCAGGCUUCUUCCUGCAGAAUUCAGCCCCUCCCUAGGAACGGGGUGCUGCCCCUCAGGGUGGCCUUCUGGGUUGGCUCCAGUGGAGCUCCGGAGAGAGGGACGACUCUACUGCGCAGUUGCUGUAUUCUAUUCUUGUGUUGGCUUUUUGAGAGUAGGGACUGUAUCAAUCCUAAUGAACAAAUUAUCUUCAAAAGACAAUUAUUUGUUCUUUGGAGCCCUGAGUGAAUGUUGAUAGUGGGCUAGGAAAGUACAGUCAAGGAAAGUGACUUGACUUGGUCAGUUGACAGUCUAGCUGAGGAAUCUGAUUUUAUGUUAAUGGCUUACAUCUAAAGAAGGACAUAUGAGGACAUUUCCAAGACAGUUUAUACCUUCCCAAGGCUAGAAGCUUUGCAAUUGCAAUCUUCACGUUGUAGUCUGUUUCUGGUUUCAGAUUAAACUUAACACCUGCCUCCCUGUCUUGGGAACAAAAAUGUAGUAAAGACUCUCCAUGAUACCAUCUUUAUUUAAAUUAUUUCAGUUCUGUGAGACUUUUGUCUUAUUUUUUUAAAUGUAUUCUGAGCACUUUUCUUUUUUAUUCUGAAAGAUAGAGGCUAUUAUCAGAUGAAUAUAUUAUUCAUUUGAUUAAAAUUAUUUAGAUAAGAAAUUUAUGUUUAUGUUUACUUUCAAACUUAUUCUAAUUUUUAUCCAUUUUGCAAAAUAUCAUUUGUAUAUGACUUCUUAUGUAUGGGAAUUUAUUAUGUAAAUGAACCUUUUCAGAUUUCUGGACAGUCUAUGGUUUGAUUUUAUAGGCUUUUUUUUGGUAGGAUAGAGAUGAGGAAGAUGAUCAGUUACUUUUCUAUUGUUGCUUGCUUUAAAGAAGGAAAUAAAUAGAAACAGUUGGGAAAUGUUUGAAUUAGAAGUCACUCAAAUGUGUGUUAUUUUCCAAAAGAGAGCCAGUGACUAUAAAAGGCAAAACAAGUUUGAUUGCAUGUGACAUUUUUUGCACUUGUAUAUGCUUUUUGAACAGUUCAUUUGAUAAAGCUUGAAUAAAACUUUCUAUCUGCAA